AUGGAGAAUAAAUCACCUUCUUCAUGCAUCAGCCCAGCAGCCACAUCAAUGUCAGCUGGCGAGAGCAGCUGGGCGAUGCACAUUGCGAAUUUCCUGGCAUCACCACACGGCAGAAGGGAGAUGCAUCAAGAAGCGGUCUCUGACAGUAGCUUCUUCUCUGGCUUCUCUUCUUCCUUUGAUUAUUUCCAUGAUGACGCCUCUUUCAUCACAUCGGAGAUGAUGUGCGGCGACGGCGAAGAAGAUGAAUCUUUACAGGAUACUGCAUGUUCUUCUGCAGCUGGCUCAAAGAUAGCUAGCAUGGAAAAUGUAGAUAUGAAGUCAAUGGCAACCAUGGAUGCAAAAGAGUUCAACAUGCCCCAACUGGCCAAGUACUUUGUUGAUGUGGGUUCACGACAGCAGGUGGCCAAUGUGGAUCAAGAAUUGAACAAUAGUUAUAAUAACAAUGAGAAGGCACUGUAUGAGUGUAAUGAGCUAAGGAAGAAAGGGCUUUGCUUGGCCCCUAUCUCCAUGUUGAUAGAUUAUCUCGGAUGAUUGCCGUUCAUGUACUACCAGUGCUCAGUUUAAUUCUAUACAAUUAUAGCUAAUAUAUCUUGUUUCAAAAAUAUAGCUCAUAUCUCUCUCUCUCUCUUCAGUUAGCUGAGAGAACCCUACUUCCAUCAAGCUGUUGAGCUGUAUC